UGCGUCUGUCGGGACGGGGGCACGUAACUGUUGUAAGGUCGACGGAUAAUCUGAGAUGAAGGAGAAAAAUGGAAAAUAAACGGCGGUUUUAGAAUCGGCGAUAUUGCGACUGUUUGUAUCCUCGUUGCAAAGCGAAUGUUGUAUCAGGACCCGCGGAGGAAGUGCUUCAUUCGCAGUAAGGUAGCUAAUGUAGGCAGAGUUGUGGAGGGCUGUAGCUGCUGGGGUUUUUUUUGGAGAGGCAAACAACAUGGCUGCGGUGGAGCUCGAAUGGAUCCCAGAAACACUGUACAACACGGCUAUCUCGGCUGUUGUGGACAACUACAGCCGAUCGAGAAGGGACAUACGGUCGCUCCCAGAAAAUAUACAGUUCGAUGUCUAUUAUAAGCUUUACCAGCAGGGCCGUCUCUGCCAGCUCGGAGGAGAGUUCUGUGAGCUGGAGGUGUUUGCUAAAGUACUGCGGGCUUCAGACAAAAGACACCUCCUGCACCACUGUUUCCAGGCCCUUAUGGACCAUGGUGUGAAGGUUGCCUCAGUUCUGGCAAGCUCCUUCAGCCGCCGCUGCUCCUACAUUGCAGAGUCUGACGCCCAUGUCAAAGAGAAGGCCAUCCAGUUUGGCUUUGUUCUGGGUGGAUUCUUGUCUGAUGCGGGUUGGUAUGGAGAUGCAGAAAAGGUGUUUCUGUCAUGCCUGCAACUGUGUACACUCCACAGUGAAGUCCUCCAUUGCUACCGGGCUGUGGAAUGCUGUGUCAGACUGCUUCAUGUCCGGAAUGGCAACUGUAAGUACCACCUGGGGGAGGAGACCUUCAAGCUUGCUCAGUCUUACAUGGACAAACUAGCCAAACAUGGCCAUCAGGCCAACAAGGCAGCGCUAUAUGGCGAGCUUUGUGCCUUGCUCUUUGCCAAAAGCCACUAUGAUGAGGCAUAUAGGUGGUGUAUAGAGGCUAUGAAGGAAAUUACUCCAGGGCUGCCAGUCAAAGUAGUGGUUGAUGUCCUUCGGCAAGCCUCCAAGGCCUGCGUGGUGAAGAGAGAGUUUAGAAAAGCAGAGCAGCUGAUCAAACAUGCAGUGUUUCUAGCAAGAGAACAUUUUGGACACAAGCAUCCCAAGUACUCAGACACGCUGCUAGAUUAUGGAUUUUACUUAUUAAAUGUAGACAACAUAUGCCAAUCAGUGGCUAUUUACCAGACAGCACUGGACAUCCGACAAUCUGUGUUCGGGGGGAAGAAUAUCCAUGUUGCCACAGCCCAUGAAGACCUGGCCUACUCAUCAUAUGUGCACCAAUACAGCUCAGGGAAAUUUGACAACGCUCUAUUCCAUGCAGAACGUGCAAUAGACAUCAUAACUCACAUUCUGCCUGAGGACCAUUUACUGCUGGCCUCCUCCAAAAGAGUCAAAGCCCUGAUCCUUGAGGAAAUUGCCAUCGACUGCCACAAUAAAGAGACAGAAGAGCGCCUGCUGCAGGAGGCUCAUGACCUGCACCUCUCCUCACUUCAGCUGGCCAAGAAGGCCUUCGGAGAGUUCAACGUCCAGACAGCCAAACACUACGGCAACUUAGGACGACUCUACCAGUCCAUGAGGAAGUUCAAGGAGGCAGAGGAGAUGCACAUCAAAGCCAUCCAGAUCAAGGAGCAGCUUCUGGGCCACGAGGACUACGAGGUGGCUCUGUCUGUGGGUCACCUGGCGUCCCUCUACAACUACGACAUGAACCAAUAUGAGGAUGCAGAGAGGCUCUACCUGCGCUCCAUCGCUAUAGGUAAGAAGCUGUUUGGAGAGGGUUACAGUGGGCUGGAGUAUGACUACAGAGGCCUGAUCAAACUCUACAACUCAGUGGGGAAUUACGAGAAGGUGUUUGAAUACCACAACGUGCUGUCCAACUGGAACCGGCUGAGGGACCGGCAGUUCGCUGUGGCAGACGCCCUGGAGGACGUCAACACUACACCCCAGCAAACCCAGGAGGUGGUGCAAGCUUUCUUAUUGGCUCAGAGCUUGGGCCCCACCUGCCCCUGUCUCGGCUGAUUUUUAUGAGGGUUGAGAGGAAAGAAAGACACGUGGGCUCUAGCCUGGUGAGGACACGAAAUAAGCCCAAAUGUGAUGCUUCAGUUGCACACAAAUAAUUAGUAAUACACAGUAAAUUCAAGCAUCAUUGUGUUAGUUGGUUUUAUAGUCAGCUGCAGCUGCCAGUGUGUACACACAUACACACACACACACAUUUAGUCAUGGAAUUAAAAAAGUAGAGAAGACACCGUUAUCAAACCUCAUUGAAACCCACACAAGCCACCAAGAUGCAACUUCAGACUGGAUGCAGCUUCACCCCACAGAGCAGACUCUUGCACUUCUCCAGGAGAAAGAGAACUUAUGAAUUAGGGGGAGAAAUAAAAAAAAAUAACCUCAAACAUCCUGUAAGGAUGGCAGAUAACCUCUCCUCUAGUCUUGCUCGCCUUUUUCUUUUCAGUUGUGAAUCGGAGGAUGUUUUUGCUUUUGUAUUUGAGCCAGUGUAGCUCUGAAUGCCAUGAGACUCAUCACAGAUCAAAAUCAUGUUCUUCAUGACUUAUUACAAUAUCUGGACCCCAUAUCUUUGAAAAAUGUGUUUCAGCCCACAUCCAUCAGCGUUAUCACUUGGCAGAUCACAGAUGGAAGAUGUCAAAUAUUUUUGACACUUGUACAGUAAAAUAAUACAACAGAUUUGACACUUAAGUUUCAGUUGAAGUAUUCUUGUUUAUUUUCUUUGCAAGGAAAUUAAAGUGGACCCUAAGAAGACAUCCUUUUUUUUUUUUUUUUUUUUUUUAAACUGUUUGGGGGAGAGAGAUUAAACAGUGGAAUGUGUUGAACCAGUGGGUAUAUUGUUACAAACAUAACAGGCCUCACAGGUCUUGUUUUCAAUUUAUUUUAUCUGUUUUUCCAGCUUUGUCCUGACAUAGCAUCAUUAAAAUGCCAAUAACUUAUAUGCAGAACUGUAUGUUUAUGUGGGCCUUUGUUUUUUCUUUUCCUACUGAGUGAGCCCGCACUCAGUAGGAAAAGCUCAACACUAUUACUUUAAAAACAAGGGGCAUGAAUAGGAGUGAAAAGAGGCCGAUGCUACAUGUACAGAGGCUAUUAAGCCUCUCUUUAUUUGUUAAUCUUAAGGUGUGGCUUCAUGUAUGAGUGUGUACAUGUGUGUCAGUAUUCACAGAUAGAACUCUGGGUGCCGAAGGGCUCCACUGAUGACUACCAGCCUUACACCAGCUUGCAGUUAUUUGUCUGUAGACGGACCCAUACUCUAAGUGCUAAAUAAACUAAACUAUUAUACCCUUAAGGGCACUACAGUGGGGACCAAUAUUGUAUAUUUGUGUGUGUGUGUGUGUGUGUG